ACAUUUUUUGAUCUAAGCCUUUCCAAAAAACAAACAUAUUGUGAGAGCACAUGGCGCCUGUAGACAAAAAUGAUUGAACAGAUUUAGAAAAAAAAAAAAAAAAACAAACAGCCCUGUUGAAACGACGCGUGCUGGUACAGAUAUUAGUUUCUCUCCAAACAACAUAUAUAUGUGGCGGAAAACAACUCACUCUUAAACUCAGCUUCACUCUACACUACACCCAUGGCUAUUUUCAGUGCAAGACUCUGCUCGUUGCCCUUACAGCCAUCUAUAAUUUCAGCUUCAUCUUCUAAAGAUACAAAUGGGAGUUCAGUAAAAUUGAGAGACGAUUGGAGGCAACGAUCCAAACCUAUACCUCCUGGAGGCACAUACCCAGCUAAAGAUCAGUGCAGUAAGUGUGGAUUGUGUGAUUCUUACUACAUUGCUCAUGUGAAGAAUGCCUGUGCUUUCUUGGGAGAUGGAAUGUCAAGGAUUGAAGGGCUAGAACAAGUGGUUCAUGGCCGAGGUCGGAAUGUUGAUUCAUUAGAUGAAACAUAUUUUGGUGUUCAUGAAGAGCUACUUUAUGCUCGUAAAACAACGCCUGUAGAAGGAGCUCAAUGGACAGGGAUAGUCACAACUAUUGCAAUUGAAAUGUUGAAAUCAGGCAUGGUUGAAGCUGUAAUUUGUGUCCAGAGUGAUCCAGACGACAGACUGUCCCCAAGACCUGUUUUGGCAAGGACACCUGAGGAAGUUCUAGCAGCAAAAGGGGUAAAACCGACAUUGUCUCCUAACCUUAAUACACUUGCUAUGGUUGAGGCAGCAGGUGUAAAGCGUCUGCUGUUCUGUGGUGUUGGAUGCCAAGUACAAGCACUACGAUCAGUUGAGAAAUAUUUGAACUUGGACAAGCUUUAUGUGCUGGGGACUAAUUGUGUGGAUAAUGGAACACGAGAUGGUCUAGAUAAGUUUCUACGAGCUGCUAGCACAGAUCCAGAUACAGUUCUUCAUUAUGAGUUUAUGCAAGAUUAUAAGGUCCAUUUGAAGCAUUUAGAUGGUCAUAUAGAAGAGGUUCCCUAUUUCUCUCUGCCAGCAAAUGAGUUGGUUGAUGUUAUAGCACCAUCGUGCUACAGUUGUUUCGACUACACAAAUGCAGUAGCUGAUUUGGUGGUGGGGUACAUGGGGGUACCAAAAUAUUCUGGAGUAAGCAUGACACAACAUCCACAAUAUAUUACAGUGAGAAAUGAACGUGGAAGAGAAAUGCUGAACUUGGUCAAGAAUCUACUGGAGAUCACCCCUACAAUAAGUGGAGGCGGGAGACGUCCUUUUGUCAUGGAAACCGUGAAGGCAGACGAUAAUGCUAAACUCGGAAAGGGUCCUGCUCAGCCUGCUCCAAAGUUUAUAGGAAACAUUAUUGCAUUUAUACUAAAUCUAAUUGGGCCAAAAGGUCUUGAAUUUGCUCGCUAUUCGCUCGAUUAUCAUACCAUCAGAAACUAUUUAUAUGUGAACAGGACAUGGGGUAAAGAAAGAGCUGCAAGACACAUGCCAUCAUAUGCAAAGAAACUUGUGGCUAUGUAUAAUGAGAAAGAUUGGUAUUUGGGAACAGAAUGUCUAAAGAGAUUGAGAUGUGCCCCAUGUGUGUUUGCAUUAAAUGUAGAGAGAAUGGGGACUCAUGUGGGUUGUCUUUGUCUUUGUGAAUGUAUGUAUUGA